AUGACGAAUGUUGAGAUAAAGCUAGAAUCUAAUUCAGAAGGAAAAAAUGUUUUCUGUCCGGGACAUUUGUUAAAAGGAACCGUGACUUUAACAUUGGAAGAAAACAAGAAAUUUCGAGGUCUUUAUAUUAAGAUCUUUGGAAGAGCAAAAGUACAUUGGGCAGAGAAUGAUGGCAAAAGAACAGGAGGUGGGCAUGUUAUGUCGAGUAUCUUCACUUCUAAGAAAGUUGUCCAUGAAUCUGUAGAAAUUUUGCUAGAUUCCACAACAUAUUUCUUUGGAGAACUUUACGGACAGGAUAUUCAAAUAAAUCAAGGAAUUCAUCAAUAUAAUUUUGAGUGUCAGCUUCCUGACAAUCUACCUUAUACACUGGAUAUGAAAUAUGGAAGUGUCGCAUAUUAUACGGAAUCAGUACUUGAAAAUUCUUUUGGACCAUAUAAAACUGUUAGGAAGACUUUUACAAUUGUCAGGUUCGAUGACUUAAAUCUUUUUCCGGAAUUAAGAAAAGUCCGAAAUAUCGAAAGGGUUGUCACAUUUGGAUUUGCAUUAUGGAAAUCAAAGCCACUAGUUAUGAAUGCCAUAAUAUCUUGUACUGGAUUUGCUGUCGGUCAGAAUGUUCCAGUCACAAUUGAAUAUAAGAACAGCAGCAAUGUUGAAAUUUUAAGGUCAAAAGUCACCCUAUUAAGGAGAGUCACAUACACAAGUCAUGAUCCGAUUGCGAAAAAAGUUGAAAAUGAAAAAAUAUUUGUAGCAUAUGCAGCUGGUGUUAAGCAGGGCGAGUCAAAAAGCUUUAAUGUAAAAUUUUAUAUUCCUUUGUCAAUGAAGAGUUCAAAUAGACGAUAUUGUCCGAUAAUUGCCAUCGAUUAUGCAAUUGAAGUUAUCGGUGAAGUUAACGGAUAUCAUAAGAAUUUAACAAUAUUAUUUCCAAUAACCAUAGCAUCUUUGCCUUUAAGAAACAAUCAAUUAUAUACGGAUCCAAACAAUAUCUCAAGAACCCCAGAAAUAAUUGAUACAAGACUUAAUCCAUUAAAUGAAUUAAUUCAAAGACAAUAUAGUCAACAAAUUUCACAGACAUCGAAUUUAAGCAAUUCUACACAAACCAGCAAAACAACGAGUGUUGCUGAAAAUCAGCUAAAAAGUGAUAUGCCUCCAACAUUUGAAGAAGCUCUCAGCAUGUCGAAACCAAUCAGAUGA